ACUUUUGGGCCUCGCCUCCCGCCGUCCGCCGUCACGUGCGGGCCGCAGCGCCCGCGUAGUUAGGUGGGGGCGGCCGAGCCCGGCGCCAGCGGAAGCAGGAAGGGAGGUGGCUGCGGAGAGAUCGCACGGCGACGGGCCGCUGACGACCGGAAGGAAAAUGAGCGAGUCUUUGGUGGUUUGUGAUGUUGCUGAAGAUUUAGUGGAAAAGCUGAGAAAGUUUCGUUUUCGAAAAGAAACCCACAAUGCUGCCAUUAUAAUGAAGAUUGACAAGGACAGACGCCUGGUGGUGCUGGACGAGGAACUUGAGGGCAUCUCUCCAGAUGAACUGAAAGAUGAACUACCCGAGCGGCAGCCUCGCUUCAUUGUGUACAGUUACAAACACCAGCAUGAGGACGGGCGCGUGUCCUACCCGCUCUGCUUCAUCUUCUCCAGCCCUGUUGGGUGCAAGCCCGAGCAGCAGAUGAUGUAUGCCGGAAGCAAGAACAAGCUGGUCCACACAGCUGAGCUGGCCAAGGUAUUUGAGAUAAGAAACACUGAAGACCUGACUGAAGAAUGGCUGCGUGAGAAACUUGGAUUUUUCCACUAAUGUGAACGCCUGUGCUUCUAAAGUCUAUGUAUUAACCUGACCAUACUGGAACCAGACAUAAAUAGUUAUUUAUGCCUAAAAAUGCACUGUUAAUUACAGUUUGUUUCCUGCAGUAAAGAAAAACUCUCCCUUCGUGCAGUUUGAACAAGGGGGAAUCAUCGUCAUAGUAAUGAAACUGUGUGGAGUGUCCCCUCGUGUCUGUCAUUGUUAGGUGGGCUCUCCAGGGAGGGUUUGCACCCUUGUGACUAAGUUUUAUAAUUUACAAUUCAGGAUUUGUUACUGUUUGCAGACACUAUUGGAAGGUGGGUAUUGGACUGUGCUAGACAGCAGUUCCUCCUUUGACCACUACUGGGUACUGGCAGUUUGUAAGUGCAAAUAGCGUCUUAUCGCUUGUCACAUCAUUUAGGUUCAUUUGGGGCUAAAGUCUUUUGUGGCCAAUUUUGAGCCAUGAAUAGUGAUUUAGUAGAACCUCUGU